CACAGGUAGUAAUGCUCGCUCUUCUCACCUGAGCGUCAGCCGCAGGGCUACUGAGUCGUGGGUACAGGUGCUUCUCAUUAUGCUCUCCAGCGUCCAGUGGCUAACUACAUCGACGUGGACAUUUGUCCCGUGAGCACGGCGGUAACGUUAACACGAUAGUUACAGUGUGUGUAUACACAUUUCCAUGAUUCAACGUCGUACAAAGAUUAGGUACCGAAGUCGUAUACAACGGUGCUGUUGUGUGGCGUCAACGACUUCCACCUGUGGUCAUCACUUCAACUGUUAGGGUAGCCUGGAUGGCGGAUGAGUGUGGACAGUGGUCAGUUUGAUCAUUCGUGGCGGUCUUUGUGUCGUCAUAGUGGACUUUAUUCGGAGUUUAUGAAUUUGGGAUUUAAUUAAGAAGAUGGAAUGGGACUUAAAAUGAAUGAUACAGUAUGGAGGAAACAGUUUCAGGUGCAAAGAUCCCUAUGGAGUCUGAAUAUUCUGUUACGCUAAUGGAUGUUAUCAAUAGACACACCUAAUGUGAUCAACAGUGUGUCCGGCGACAUCAAGCAUGUGACAGAGACAUUGAAAUAUACAUGUGUUCAUUUCAUAAGGAAUAUGCGUAUUCAAAGGAAAUAAUUGAAGGUUUGGUGGUCAUUAAACAUUGUGAUCCUGAUAUCUCAUUCCGAAGGGUUCACUAGUUUGUACUUUAAAUUAGCGCCAUUUAAACUCGUGUGAACAAAAGAAACAAGAUUUUCAAGAUUAACACCUCCAGAUGAAUCAGAUGGUCAGUCAACAGCUUCCUCAACAUGACGAAUGGUGAUGUUUGUGACAACGGAAAAGUCUCGGACAUAGUCGUCGACGUUCCGGUCAAGGUCAUGCACAUGAUGAAUGCCCGCGUGGGGCCGAUGAAGGAACCGGAAGUCAUACAAAAUGACCAGAUUGGCCGCUUAUUCACUCACUUCCGGGACAAAGUGGACGAGAGGCUAUAUCGUAUUUAUUACAAACGACAAAAACUGGAUAUGAUUGAUUCGUUUGUGGUUUUCUCAGCUAUCUUUGACGUUUAUAUUCUCGUCAUGGCCAUUUUGAAAUAUUCGGAAAACGAAAUAACCAAGAUAGCGAUUGUUGCGUUGCUUUUAUUUGUGAAUAUAUUACUUUUUGUUUUAUGCCACAUACAGAGGAUAUCAGUGGCAAUGCGAUCAAAUGUGGCAUAUGUGAUAUGGACGUUAUUAACAAUACAAAUAUUUUUCGACUUGUCUUGGAACUCAAACUCCGGUCUACCGAGCGAGGGAGUCACGUGGCUUGUGGUUCUCGUGUACCUGACCUAUGUAAUGCUUCCGGUCAAGCUCGUGCUGUGUAUAUUGCUCGCAUCUCUAGUCAGUAUAGGUCACGUGUGUGCUGUCAUUAUCAUCUGGACCCAGAAAAGUAACAACGUCACUCUUCUAGGAAAUCAGGUUGGAGCCAAUAUCCUGCUUGUCGUCUGCUCGCACGUGCUGGGUGUCAUCUCCUACAUUUUCUCGGACAAACAACAAAGAAGGUCAUUUGUCGAGACCAAGUCCUCACUGAGUGUCAAGGUCACCAUCGAGAAGGAAUCAAAAGAACAGGAACGCCUUUUACUGUCAGUUUUACCAAAGCACGUUGCUGACGAGAUGUUGCGAGACUGGGGCGAGGGUGGAGACGGUCAGUUCAGAAAAAUAUUCCUGACGAGAUAUGAAAAUGUAAGCAUCCUGUUUGCCGACAUCGUGGGGUUCACUGCCAUCUCCUCCUCCUGCACUGCUGCGGAGCUCGUCAAGACUCUAAAUGAAUUAUUCGCUAAUUUCGACAAGCUCGCAAAUAAGUUUCACCAGCACCGGAUCAAGAUUCUGGGGGACUGCUACUACUGUGUGUGCGGCGCCCCCGAUCCCCGAUCCGACCACGCCCUUCUCUGUAUACACAUGGGUCUCAAGGUCGUCGACGCCAUAACAUACGUGCGAGAAAAGACCAAGAGAGACGUCAACAUGCGCGUAGGAAUACACACCGGCGCAGUGUUAGGAGGAGUGCUAGGGCAGAAGCAAUGGCAGUACGACGUAUUAGGAAAGGAGGUGAUCCUAGCUAACAAGAUGGAGAGUGGCGGAGUUCCUGGGCGGGUGCACAUCUCGGAGACUACCAAGUCAUUCCUCCACGACGAGUUUGAGCUAGAAGUGGGCCACGGCGCCCAGCGAGAAGACUACAUCCGUCUCCUGGGCCUCAAGACGUACCUCGUCAAGUCAGUCCUUAAACCGCUUGAACCAGACCAAGUUAACGGUACUGCCUUCAAGAACGACAACCACAUAAACGCCAAUAAGAAUGGCUUCUCCAAGACAGGAUCUCCUGGAAAGGGUCCGACAUUGGAACAAGAGGAGGAUGGCAUCCCCAUGAACACAUAUGAGCCAUCUGGUCAGCGGUAUGACGGUGAUUUCGGGGAUGAUGGGGAAAACCUGGAACAACGACUUCAAGAGGCACUACUGGAGAGAGACAAUGACGCGGGUGUAUCCAAGCAACUGUAUCAUCUGAGCAUGCGCUUUACUGACCGGAAGUUGGAGUCUCGUUACCAGGGCAGACGAGAAAGGUUCAGCGACAUGGCUUCAGUGGGGUUGUGUUUGGUCGCAUUGUUCACGUUUCUGGCCCGACUUUGUGUUUUGCCUGUCACAUUCUAUGCCCUUUACUCAUUCAUCAUCGGAAUGCUCUUGCUGGUAGCUAUGACAACUUUCACGUUGGCUGUCAACAACAAUGUAAAUUCAUGUCCCGGUUGUUUAUUGCGCUUCUCUGAGAGAGUGGAAAAGAAUAUUGUCCCCCGGAUCCUUUGGACUGGGUUCCUGGUCUUGCUUCUCACCGCAACCGAUGUUGUAGAUAUAUUCGGGUGUGCCAUUACCAAUCAUUCCAACAGCACGAGCGCCAAAUGGAUGCAGCCUUCUGACCCCACGUGUAAAUACCCGCCGUAUUUUAUUCAUACCGGAAGUCUGGUUCUCAUCGGGAUUGCAAGUCUCGUGCAGAUUGGACAGUUUGUGAAACUGGUGUUAGUAGUAUCCAUAGCAACCCUGUACUGCGUAUUAGAUAUCGUUGUAAUGGCGCAGUUGUUUGACAGUUACGACAUCUCAGUCUACAGCCAGUAUGAAAGAGACAACACGGUUCCGCCGUCCAAGUUCCGACUGACGGCAGCUCUGAUCGCUGUUGCUGUGGCUGUCAUCUAUUUCGGCAGGCGGACGGACUCCACCUCCCGGCGCCUGUUCCUGUUGGCGGAAGUUGCCGACAAGCAGAAAGAACAGGUGACCUUGCUCAGGAUGAAAAACGAGGCUCUCGUCUACAAUCUACUUCCGGGUCACGUGGCAAAGGACUUCCUGGGUUCACAAAAGAAAGAUGACGAAUUGUACAGCAACGCCUACGACGAGGUCGGGGUGAUAUUCGCAGCCUGUCCCAACUUUCACGACUUCUACAACGAGAGUGCCGUCAACAACAAUGGUCUAGAAUGUUUCCGGUUCCUCAACGAAAUCAUCUCCGACUACGACGAGCUGCUGUUGCAAGGUCGGUUCUCCUCCAUAUGUAAGAUCAAGACGGUCGGGCCUACCUACAUGGCAGCCAGUGGUAUGACGGGCACUGUGCAGGUUACCAAGAGUACCGGCAUGUGUGGGAGAUGGAAGCACCUUGAUGACCUCGUCCAGUUUGCCUUCGCCAUGAAGGAGACACUGCAGAAAAUUAACGAGCAAUCAUUCAACAACUUCAUUCUGAGAAUAGGAAUCAACCACGGUCCCGUUAUAGCAGGGGUGAUUGGGGCGCGGAAGCCACACUAUGACAUCUGGGGAAACACCGUCAACGUGUCAAGCCGGAUGGAGUCCACGGGGCAUGCUGGGAGAAUUCAGGUGGUUGAGGAAACGAUGGUCAUCCUGAAGGAGUUUGGCUACCAGUUCCAGAAAAGAGGCCUCAUCAAGGUCAAGGGCAAGGGCGAGCUAAUGACCUACUUUGUCGAGAACCGGACGGAGGGCGAAAACGUUAUGCUGAAUGGACUACCAUAUUAGUCCCCGUGGGCGUGGUUUAAAGUCAACGGGUGCCUUAGCAAGAUUGCACCUUCAAUUUAAGACGUAUGUUCUCAAGGAACAGAAAUGAGAAGAAACAUUUAAAGUGUUUUGUGUCAUGGUUAAGCUUGAAAAGUAAGCUGACCUACUGUCACUACAUUCCAGACAUGACCAAGAGUCAAGGAUUCUGAUUGGUUGUGACGUCGUAUGCAGUUUAUACACACUAAAUGGACUUAUAGAGUUUCGUGUCAACAAAGAUGCUAACAAAGAACUGUCUUAAUUCUAGUGUAAAAGUGCACUAGGUGGAGGGUAUUCUCAGAACUCUCAGGUCCAUGGUAGGAGAAGGUGUCUUGCUGACAAAACCAAUAACUGACUCGCAGAGGGCUAAACACGUCUUUCAACAGUAACACAGAUAGCGAACAUUGUUCCCUCAUCAAUACAAUGAUAAAAUUGACCCCGCUGUAAGUGUCUGAUCAGUGAAACAUAUUACUCACGUCAUGCUUUAGCUAGUACAUCACCACAGGAAGCACAAAGUACCUCUAGGAAAUUGUGCCUGUGUGUGUCCACACUGGCCUCCAUGUGACGUAAGCAAUAAAACGACCAGAUGUUGCAGAACCAUUCUUCCGAGCCGUCGGUGCCAUGGAUGAUGUUACUUCUAACUGGUUCCUGGUGAAGCCGUGAACCUGAUGAUAUGGGGUUUUGUUGAAUUGUGGAUUCUUCAGGCUUAACCAGAUGUGACAAGCGCAACAAAGUCUGAAAUAGGUCUGACAGCCUCCUCUGAUACGAUCCGUAUGACAAUGCUGCAUGGUAAUCCAAUGGUUCAGUGUUAGCUAUGUGGACGAUAUUGAAUGCAUGUCACUAGAAGAAGAGUCUCACCAAAAACAUAUGCAUGACACGUGCAUAAAUAUUAGUAGGGACACGUUCGUGCGUGCAUAGGCUCAUGCAUACACGUAUGUGCCUUUAUAUCUACACAAGUCUAAAGUUAUGUUCGUGCAUAGACUUAAUAUGCAACGUUUGUACGUGCAUAAGCACAUACACGCAUGUAUGUGCACAUAUAGACACGCAUACACGUAACUUUGUGCAUGUAUGUGCAUGAAUAUCUUCAGAUGCAUACACGUAUGUGCGAGAAUAGGCAUGAUAUUGACCAUGUGAAAGGGAUGUCUGCCGACUGACAGAAAUGAAGAAUUUUAGUGAAUUGAAUCUAACAGACACCAUGGGGAUUAUUACUAACCCGCCGAGUAGAGAAAAAUAUCCCAUUCUACCAUGCAUCUUACGAAGUGCCUUGACGUUGGGAGCGGCCCUCCUGGCUAUCCAUUCACCGUACAUCCUCUGUGGGAAAGGCUGGUGGAGGACCUUUCGUCACAGAAAUCAAAAUCUUGGAAAUGUGUCAACUCUAUUUUAUUACUUAACGCCAAAUUUUCGCAAGCUGUACCUCCUCUGAUAUACUCCCCCGGGUUUCAUGAUGAUGAGCAGGAGAAUGUUUGGGACCCGGGCUCAAUUCCUUCACCCCAAGUAAGUGACUAUUCCUUGUUGUGUUUUCUUAAUGGGGAUAUUAUAUUUAAUGUUUUAAAGAACCCGACGUCUGUUAGAGUCCCGGCAUGUAUUUCAACACCCUACAUCUAUAUAGUAUUGGCAUCUAUCUAUCGAGACACGAGUCCCGUGUUCUAUUGAAAAUCCCGUCAACUAUUUAAAGUCUAGUAUUGGCAUAUAUUUAGAAUUCCGGCAUCGAUUUUGUGAUCCGGCAUCAGUUUAGUCCUAAGAUCUAUAUAGAAACCCGACAUCUAUUUAGAUUUAAUCCUGACAUAUAUUUGAGGAAAUACGGUAAUACAUGUCAAUUUUAGUUAUGCAAUGUGUGUGUGUAUGCGUGCGUGUGCGGGGGAGGGGGGUGUGGGGGGGCGUCACUGCCAAUGUCACGAACUAAUACUACCCAGGAGGUUCACAGAGAGACUUGAAGGUCACGUUAUCUGGGGAUGGGGCGUGGGAUGCACAGUCCUGUAUCCCGCCCCUGCAGCCCCCACCCCCCGGGGUACGCCAGUGGGUGCAGCAACCCCCGGAGGUGAAAGCAGCGUAGCUAAGACUAUAGUGCCUUGUUUCCUCGAUUAGACGCCUGAGAUGAUAUUUCAUUCAGAAACUCUUUACCUCGGCGUAUAACCGCAAAGAUAAUAAUGGGGAACAUUCCAUGCAUAACAACUAGCGGGCUUUUAAUUAAGGCCCCGGCGUUUGUUCAGGUAUGGGAGUCAUGAUAACGCUAUUUCCUUUAUGCAAAUAGGUCAUGAUUUUACUUUCGCUUUCCCAUGUACAUGUUGACUUCUUGAUUGUUAAUUCUGUUUUAUAUUUGGAUGUAAAUAAAAUAUUUAUGAGUC